AUGAGAUCUGUUGGGGUCACACAAACACAAACUAUAGAGCACACUGCAAUAAAGUUAUUGGGAAGUGAUAGGUCGGAGCUGCUUUCAGAAGUGAAUGCUGUUUUAACCAAUCUCAAAUGUAACAUAGUGAAUGCAGUGGUGUGGACUCAUAAUACUAGUGCAUCAGUUGUGAUGCAUCUAACUGAUGAAGAAAUAGGCUCUGCUAUCACUGAUCCACAGAGCCUCUCUCUAAUCAAGGAGCUUUUAUGCAAUGUGAUGGGAGGUGGCAACAAAGUCAGGGGAUCUAGCAAUGUAGUGACUAAAGAAGUUAACAAUACUGAGAGAAGGCUUCACCAGAUGAUGUUUGCUGAUAGGGAUUAUGAGCAAGUUGAUGAUGAUGAUGAGGAUGUUGAUGAGAAAAGUAGACCAAAAGUGACUGUUAUAAAUUGGUCUGAUAACGAUUACUCCGUCAUUAUUAUCCAAUGUAAGGACAAGACAAAACUUCUCUUUGAUGUAGUUUUCACCUUGACAGAAAUGCAAUAUAUGGUUUUCCAUGCAAGUAUUGAUUCUAAAGGGUCAAAUGCUUAUCAGGAAUUUUACAUCAAGCACAUAGACAGGUCCCCUAUAGAAUCAGAUGCAGAGAGACAAAGAGUGAUACAAUGUCUUGAAGCUGCUAUUAAGAGAAGAUUAUCCGAGAACAACCUCACAGUUACAAGGGCAGAGGUGACAACCAAAGGGGCCAAAGCUGUUAACACCUUCUAUGUUGGAGGGUCUUCAGGUUGCCCAGUUGAGUCCAAGACCGUAGAAUCGAUUCGCCAAGCAAUUGGCAACACUAUACUCAAAGUAAAGGGAAAACCCGAAGAGUUGAAACCUACUCCUCAGGACUCUCCAACCAAAUUCCUUUUUGGUGGUCUUUACUCUCUAAUUAGAUUCUUUUUUGGUGGUAUUUUUAAAUCCAGAUCCCUUGCUAACUUCGGCUUGGUUAAGGAUACAACUCAUAUAAAUGAUGGUAAUGUCUCACAUAACAAGGAGGAGGAAGUCAGUCAACCACACAAUCCCGAGGAGGAUGGUGGUGACCCACAAAUUAUUGAGGAUGGAGGAGGAGGUCAGUCAACCACAGACCCCGAGGAGGAUGGUGGUGACCUACCAAUCAUUGAGGAAGAUAUAAACGUGAUUGAGACAACAGGUUCACGAGUGGCUAGAGAGCUGAGUGGUCUGCAUUAUCUCCUCCUUCCACUAAAAGAAGACGGAAUCCGCCAAAGAGAUUUGGUGAUUGGACUCAAAGGCAAAGAAACAUCUACCAGUGGUAAUCCUGUGAAUGCAGUGGUGUCGACUCAUAAUACCCGUGCAGUAGCUGUGAUGCAUGUAACUGAUGAAGAAACAGGCUCUGCUAUCACUGAUCCACAGAGGCUCUCUUUAAUCAAGGAGUUUUUAUGCAAUGUGAUGGGAGGUGGCAACAAAGUCAAGGGAUCUAGCAAUGUAGUGACUAAAGAAGUUAACAAUACUGAGAGAAGACUUCACUAG